AUGAUCUCAACAGCGACUGAGACAUCAACAGGCCUUGCUCCUGGCGCUCUGACACCAUCGCAGCUCGAGCAGUUCCGCAAAGAUGGCUAUCUGAUCCUCCACGGCUUUUUCGACCCAGCCCCGAUCCUGGCCCGCGCGCGCGACGUGAUCCAGUCUUUUGAUCCUGCGGCGCACCCGCUGACGAAGUUCGUCACUGGUUCCGACGACGACUCUACAAAGGAGAACGAAGAGCAUGUCGGCAAUGCCUACUUUCUCGAAUCGGGCGACUCGAUCCGAUUCUUUCUCGAGGAGGGCGCAGUGGACCCAAAGACGGGCCAGCUGAACAGGCAGCCGGACCUCGCCGUCAACAAGGCUGGCCACGCUCUCCAUGUACUCGAUCGUACUUUUUACGACCUGUCAUUCAGUGACAAGGUCCAGAAUCUCGUCAGAUCGCUAGAGAGCUUCACGGAGCCAAGGACACUGCAAAGCAUGAUAAUUUGCAAGCAGCCUUCGAUCGGCGGCGCAGUCCCUCCGCACAACGACAGCACGUUUCUCUACACCGAUCCACCGAGCGCAACCGGCCUCUGGUUCGCCCUGGAGGACUGCACAAAGACCAACGGCUGCCUUUCCUUCUUGCCUGGCUCCCACCGCUGGCCCCUCGACUCUCAUCAGCAGGGCAACGAGCAAAGGCCAAAGGAAGACAGGGACGUGAAAGAGAAUUACGGUGUUCCACGGGGUGUCAACAAACGCUUUGUCAGGAAGGAGCCGACGAACACGUCGGCAGGCACGACAUUCGAGGAGCUCAGCGUUAGCGAAGAGGACGCGUGGAGAGACAAUGAGGCGAGGGUGGAAGAAUGCAAGGCCGGUACUCUGGUCCUUAUCCAUGGCUCCGUCUUGCACAAGUCUGAGAAGAACCUUUCAGAUCGGUCGAGAUACAUCUACACCUUCCACGCCAUCGAGGGCGAUGAGAGCAAGGCGAAGUACGAUGAGAAGAAUUGGCUGCAGCCCACAAAGGCGACGCCUUUCAGCAAGCUCUACAACCCUCCUCCGGCUCCUGCUCCUGCUGCCUAG